GAACCAGACCCGUGUCAUUCAUUGGCUUGGCAAUCAUGGCGUCCUUUCGACCUGCAGAUGGCGUUUGGCUCGAUGUUAGUGGCCAAGCCCCGUCUCCGUCAAAAGAUUUCAAUCAGUUUAUUAUUAAUACUACAGAGGUAAUUUGGAGGACAUGGAAGAUUACACUUCGUAAUGACUACCGCCGACUUGCUCCCGGAGAAAUCAAAGAAUCACAUGAAGACUUUACAUAUGAUGACCGUAUGCAGUUUGAUGUCGGCAGGGUAUUUGGUGAGGCAACGCUUGAGUAUGCCAAGGAAGUGUGUAAGGGAAACAUUGACUUCUUGGUACGGAUGCCCCGCCCCCUCCUCAUUUACAUGGUGUCCUACCUAGAGUUAGAGGACAUCGCAGCACUUUCACAGACUUGCAAGCUGAUGUAUGAUAUUUGUAAUACUGAAGCUUUGUGGGAGCAGAUCUACGAGACGCACUGUGACACGGUGACAGACGAGAUGCGAUCCCUGGCUCAUGAGAUGGGCUGGAAGAGAAUGUUCUUCACCAACAAGCUCCAACUGCAAGUUAAGCUGAGACGACAUCAGCAGAAAAGAGAUUCACCUGACGGGGGGACAACAUUCUUAACGGACUCUUAACUCCAUGGUGAACCUACGCAAUCUAUGAUUCCAUCCAUUUGUACAUUGAGGCAAAGGUAUUCCAUUCCAUUGGUAUAAUCAGGGAUUUACAUGUGGGCGGGGCAGAUGUGGAAUAGUGGGAGGAAAUGGUGUUUAAUCUCUUGGAAGUUCUAUUCAAAAUGUCAUGACCGAUAUUGCUAUUCUUCUGACAGUUAAUCUUUUUCUGCUGUGUGUAAAUGAAGCUCAUAUUUCCUAGAUUUUAGGAAUUUUUGUUGAACUCGUUAAGUGGUGAUGGUGGUCACAGUAUUUUUGUAUGCUUCAUUUGGUCAGUUCUGAAAGUAUGAAUCAUUUCACUGUGAUGAUCCAUUUUGUUCUUGCAUUCACCAAAGCUUUAUGCUCGUUGUAUUCCAGAGAAAAGUACCAAUAAGAAAAAUGGAAACAAAAAUUAUGAUGUUUUUUUGAACAAACAUACACUUUGUGGAACAUUUUACUUUCGUUAGGGUCAGCUUUUGAGUGCAUUGGUGUGGAGAAUAAACUGCUUGCCAAACUUUGUUCAAGACAUGUUUUUGUAUUUUCAUGUAGAUUUUAGCUGUUUUUGCUUUCUGUUUUAAUCAGGACCAUAAUUGGUUUACCACAGAAUAGUUUGAAUUCCUUUAUUGCCAAGCCAUUUUUAUCUGAGUGAAUUCACUUUCUCAGAGAAACUCAGUGGACGUUCCCCUGAGAACUGUGUUAAAUUUGGUCAGAUCUCUAAAUGGGAUGCUGUUGUGCCCAUAUCUCCUCAACUAAAGCCUCUUAAAAACAGCCAUGAAUUUGAUAUGGUUCACCUAAUUUUUUUUAUACAUGUAAUGUAUAAAUACUUUGUUGGAAAGUAGUCACUUGCUAGGCCAGCAAAGCUGAGAAUGAAAGACAAGGAGAUAUCUGUACACCUGAUAAUUGAUUAUGAUCAUCAUAAAUGCACUGUAAGUUAUAACCUGAGUAUCUGUAUUAGGCUGUUUGAGAUAUGGCAGACGCAAUCGGAAGGCGCUAUUUGGUUUGGGUAAAAUGUUUUGUAUUUACAAAUUUACCAACUUCAAAUAGCGCCCUCGUAUUGUGUCUGCCGUAUCUCAAACAGACUAAUUGGGUUAUUUGCACAUCUAACCCGUCAGCUGCUCUACAUUUAUAAAGUCUGGCUGGCAAUUUCUUGCAAACAUUGGCCCUUAAAAGAGCUGUCAAAAGUAACAAACCUCAGCAGUUAAGGUAUGGAUGCCUAGCUACUGUGAUUUCUUGUUACAUUUUGUUUUUGGGGUGUGGUUUUUUUAGAAUUGUUUUAUUAUUUUUCUGUUUGCAUUCAUUCUUCAUGUGGCUCUUCUAAUGCUGCAUGAAUUAAGCUGUGUGCACAACAUGAUUAUUAACAUCUGUUUUGCCUCAAAUUGAUUUUUAAAAUGACUGUAUUCUCGACGAAAAACAUUUUUAUCAUCAUCAAAUCAAUGCAUACCCCUGCUCAAAGCUGAAACCAUCCAAAUUUAACAAGUUUAUGUGUGAAAUGAAACCAAUUUUGUGAACGCUUAUCAAGCAUGGUGAAUUCUGUUCGAUAUCAUAGUUAUCCCUUGCAAUUGUAAAUACUUUAUAGCCAAAGAAAAUAGUUAAAUUUUGCAGUUUUGAAAAUUUGCAGUAUUGUUGAAUGUUUUGAACAUUGUAUUUAGAUAAUUUGUAUAUCAGGCAUUGAGGUGUUCAUGUAGGUCUGCUGAGCGCCAUCACAGUUUUUUCUACUGGUUAUGUUGGAAUGUAGGUUACAGUGUGCGCUGGUCCUGCUUUGCAGUAGAGAUCAAACUUCCUCAGCACUACGUCUACAUAGUGCCUUCUUGUUUUACACUUGUAUACGGCCUACUUAGGGGUGGAGCAAAUGAAUAAAGGGGAUGUGCGUGAUGAAUGCACUCCGCAUGAGUGUAAACAAUUUAGAAGUGAUUUUGGCAACUUGAAGUGUAAAGACUUUCCUUUCUGUAGGGAAUGCUUCUCCUUCAUCCCACCUGUCAUCACUUCUUGCAUGAUUUAGUGGUGUAUAGAAAAUGUGCUUUGGGUUGUCCACAUUAUAUUGUUGUGCAGAUAUAUUGUUUGGAAUUUCUGAAAUAAAAUGUUUUUGUGAUUUAUUAUUACAGAAAGAUGA